AUUUUUAGUAAUGAAUCAAAAUAAAAAUUGUACGUGGAGUUGAAGUUUACAAUCAUUUAGUCGACCGUAAUCGAUAUGACGACACCGAUCUUAUAAAUGAAGCGUGCAGUGUGUUGAAACUUCAGUAUAAUCUCUAAUCAUCGAGGCGUUCGGCUACAGUGCGAGCCAACGUUCUACGAAAUCUCAAAACAAGUGUUGACCCCACCGUACUUUGUGUCAUAAGUGUAACGAGCGAGUGUCAUUGAUUACAUAAAAUGCCCUGUCCAUUCAUGGGUUCCCUCAACCAAGCCUUCGUAAGAAAUUAUGGCAGCGUACUGAUGAAACAGUACGGCAACUUUUGCCCAAUAAUUUCAAGAAAUUUCCGCACUCUGGGUCAAGACGAAACGAAAUGUCCGUUCAUUCAAAAUACCAACACCAUCGUUGCGGAUGCUCCUAAAGAGAUGACCGAGGACAUUGUGGAAAGCGCACGCCCCUACUCUUACGAUAAGUUCUUCAAUGAACAGAUCAGCGCGAAGAAAAGGGACUACUCUUACCGAGUCUUUAAGAAGGUGUCUCGGUUAGCCGCGGACGGUAUGUAUCCUCAGGCGUUAGAAGGCCUCGAUAACCGCCGUGUGACGGUGUGGUGCGCCAACGAUUACCUUGGUGCCUCACGACACCCCACUGUACAAGAUGCUGCAAUUUCAUCGAUCAAGUCUUAUGGUACAGGAGCCGGUGGAACCCGCAACAUUGCUGGUAACUCACAAAUGACUGAAAAACUAGAACUAGAAAUAGCUAAACUUCAUAAAAAGCCUGCAGCUCUUAUAUUCAGCUCAUGUUUUGUUGCCAAUGAUGCAACACUCUCUACAUUAGCCAAGAUACUACCUGGGUGUGUUGUGUAUUCAGAUGCAGGCAACCAUGCCUCUAUGAUACAGGGCAUAAGGAACAGUAGGGCUCCAAAGCACAUAUUUAGGCACAACGAUCCUAACCAUUUAAAAGAACUUCUCUCUAAAUCACCUGAAGGUGUACCUAAACUAGUCGUAUUUGAGACUGUUCACUCAAUGAGUGGAGCUAUUUGUCCAUUAGAGGAAAUGUGUCAAGUUGCUCAUGAGUAUGGAGCGUUAACAUUUGUAGAUGAAGUUCAUGCAGUUGGCUUGUAUGGGAAACAUGGGGCCGGUAUCGGAGAGGAAAGGGGUAUUGAGCAUAUGAUUGACAUAGUUUCUGGUACUUUGGGUAAGGCUUAUGGAAACGUUGGGGGUUACAUAGCAGGGUCUUCAUUACUGGUGGACACUGUCCGGUCUUUAGCACCGGGAUUCAUCUUUACAACUGCACUUCCACCACCGGUGUUAGCAGGCUCGCUGGCAGCUAUUAGACUUCUAGCUGGAGAGGAAGGAAGGAGUUUGCGUGCUAAACACCAAGCAAUCGUACGUUAUUUGAAACUGUCCCUUCUAGUUGCGGGACUUCCGCAGAUGCCUUCCGUGAGUCACAUUGUGCCGGUGCCUAUAACCGGAGCCGACAAAGUGGCCCUUGUCGCUGAAUCCCUCAUGAAGAGGGGACACUACGUGCAGGCUAUCAAUUAUCCUACGGUCGCGCGAGGCGCUGAGCGACUCCGCUUCGCGCCGGGCCCCUACCACACUCCCGAGAUGAUUGACAGCUUGGUCACUGCCCUAAUCGAAUCAUUCCAUGAAAAUAAUAUAAGCUUCAAUCAAUUCUUGGUGAACGGAACUUGUCGCGAGUGCAGCAUGGAGUACAAGGUCGAUAUGCCUUACGAGGAGACCUUCAAGUACCCUAUGAUCGCUACAUAACGUUAACGCUUCAUUACUGCUAUAACGUUAACGCUUCAUUACUGCUAUUAUGACAAAAUGUUAAAUAUUGUAUAGUUUAUUUGAGAAUUUUAUUUAUGGUUCACGGUUUUAACAUUUAAUGUUAGGGGAAAUAAAAUACUGGUGUCGCA